CAAAAACAAACCACUUUUGUUUUUUGUCAUUCAACAAGUCAACUGAAGCUUAGCCAUUGCUGUCAAUUGAAAUAGGAAGAAUAUGGCGGCGACAUUGAAACUUCCUAUCAUAGACCUCUCCUCACCUCACCGUCUUUCCACCGCCAGUUCCAUCCGCCAGGCAUGUGUUGAGUAUGGUUUCUUCUACCUUGUCAACCAUGGCGUGGACGAAGAUUUCAUGAAUGAAGCAUUCAAGGAGAGAGCAAAAUUCUUCUCACUUCCAAUCCAGCAUAAAAAUAACUUGAACCGCAAGGAGCAUAGAGGCUAUACACCUCUAUAUGCUGAGAAACUUGACCCUACUUCACUCUCCCAAGGUGAUCCAAAAGAGAGCUAUUACAUUGGUCCUUUAACAGAUACAACAACUCUUAGUCUCAACCAAUGGCCUUCUCAAGAAUUACUCCCAAAUUGGAGACCUACAAUGGAAUCCUUCUAUUGGAAAUUACUCUCAGCUGGCAAAGAGCUGAUGUCUCUAAUUGCCCUGUCCUUGAAUCUAGAUGAAAAUUACUUUGACAAGAUUAGUGCCUUAAAGAAACCAGAAGCUUUUCUUUGCCUUCUGCGUUAUCCAGGUGAAUUGGGAUCUAAUGAAGAGAUAUGCGGUGCCUCUGCUCAUUCAGAUUAUGGGAUGAUCACUCUUCUAAUGACCGACGGUGUUCCAGGGCUUCAGAUCUGCAAGGAGAAGUUGAAGCAGCCACAGGUAUGGGAGGAUGUGCCUCAUGUAGAAGGGGCCAUAAUUGUGAACAUUGGAGACAUGAUGGAGAGAUGGACAAAUUGUUUAUACCAGUCAACACUUCACAGGGUGAUGCCAGCGGGAAAAGAACGCUAUUCUGUGGCAUUCUUCAUGGAUCCACCCUCAGACUGUGUAGUGGAAUGCUUUGAAAGUUGCUGCAGUGAAUCAUCUCCACCCAUAUUCCCUCCAAUACGUAGCGGGGACUACUUGAAUGAGCGACUCAAGCUCACAUAUGGUUCUGAAAAGGAUCUUAAAUCCUCAAUCCAGACAAAGAGCUAAAGGUAGUAUGUACCUACUUAUAAGGGCUGCAAGCCUGCAACUGCAACCAAAUUUAAAAUGAGUUAAGAAUGCAGCCUAUUAAAAUACUUACAUGUGAUAUGGAGUUUAACAUUGAUAUUGUUCUUGUAUAUCGGUUACAUUUGGAUAUAUGAUUAGAUAAACCUUUUUUUUUGUU